AUGGCUGAACCUCCAAAUCGCAAGCUGGUGCAAACCGUGCUCAAUCUCCACCCCGAGCGGAGAAGGGAUCAGGGAAGCUCCCGCUCCCCAUAUUUUGUCCGCCAGUCCCCGAAUGACGAUACAACAGACGGACGUGCGCAAAAUGAUUCACAAGACAAGAUGGAGGAUAUACAACCUAGCCCCUCGACAUUACAGCCACAGGAGUCAUCCAUUAGCAGUAUAUCCACCAUCCACGAAGCCGCUCUAGAGUGUAAACACGCAAUCAGGGCUCGUCGCAAAUACCUCUCCUCCAUAGCCGCUGAAACCACGGCUUUGCUUCCGAAUAUUCUCGCGACUGCCCCUCAUGCUCCUCCAAAAGGAUACCUAUAUGCCCCUCCAAAACCGCCCCGUCUUUCCCCUCGCUUCUGCCCGAAUCUGCCUCCUACAACAAUCCGCAUCCACGAUGCGGAUACCUUCGACACAGCGAUUGGCUUGGCGGAAUGUUCCAAGUACAUCACAAUCAAGGACAAGAAGCCCGUCUGCAUCCUGAACAUGGCCAAUGCAAACAAUGCAGGUGGCGGCUGGAAGCGUGGGGCGUUGGCGCAGGAAGAAGCGCUCUGUUAUCGAAGUAGUCUUAGCUUCUCGUUGAAGCUACGAUACUAUCCGAUUCCAGAGAUGGGGGCAAUAUACUCCCCGACGGUGCUGGUGAUUCGGGCCAAUAUGGAUGAAGGCGAACAUAAGCUGCUCGAUUUAGAGCAGCCAGACAAGCUACCAGUGGUCAGCGUGGUGUCCGUGGCAGCGCUCUGUUUGCCUGAAGUUAGGACAAGGGAAGUGCCUGGAGUGGGGAUUAGGCAGGUUUAUAAAGACCCUGCAGAUCGGGAAAUUAUGAAGGAGAAGAUGAGGGUAGUUCUGCGGACUGCAGCUGUGAAUCAGCAUCGGCGAUUGGUACUAGGGGCUCUGGGUUGUGGGGCGUUUGAGAAUCCGAAGGAGGAGGUUGCGGAUUGCUGGGGCGAGGUUUUUCAGGAGCGUGAAUUCAGUGGCGGGUGGUGGGAAAGCAUCAUAUUUGCUGUCAUGGAUGAUCGUGAUGAGGGGAAAGAUGGGGAUGGUAAUUUUGGUGUGUUCUAUAAACGACUAGAUGGAGUCUUCGUUUAA